UUACCUUGACAUUAUGUCUGUAAUCUAAUCUACUUUACCUUACUUUCUCUAUUCACUUUUUGGACGGCUAUUACUUUUGUGUCAUUCCAAUUACUGGCUUUACACGUAGAUUCCUUCAUUGAUUUCUUCAACUUCGAUCCUCUCCUAUAAAUCAAGAACUUCAGUUUAGUUUUGGCCUUGAAGUUGGGUUUCUUCUAUUAGAGGGAAAAAAAAAAAAAAAAAUUCUAAUCAAUGGCUCCGAGUACUUAUACCAGCCAAAACUCAUCACAGAGAGCAUUGGCCAUGGUGUUAGCUUUAGUAUCAGCAGUGGUGCUAUCACCAUUGUAUGUUCAAAGAAGAAACGACAUGCGUUUUUACGAGACGAAAUACUGGAACUCCGGAUUUGUUCUUCCAGUGGUUCUUGGUGGGCUAAUAAUUGCCAUCAGAACUACUUCAUCAUCUUCUUCAACAUCACUGGGGGCUACAGGUUCGUUGAUCCCUACUCCAGAUCCUUCUUGGGUGCUUAGAAUUGGAAGUUCAUCUUGGGGACUAGCUGGGAUCAUAGUGAUGCUUAUGCUUGUGUUGUCAUGGCAAGAAUCUGUCCAAGAAUUCUUCUGGAAAUAGAGACAUAAAUCUGAAGAGAAUUGUAUUAGCUAGCUAGCUAGGCUUAUGAUAUAAUAAUGUAAAAGUGGCUGUAGUAUUUAUAAAUGUUUGACAUUCUUUUUGAAUCAGAUGAUAGUAAAUCGUUUUUGUGAGUA